AUGCCUAAACGAAUUGCAGUGGCUGGUGCGACAGGCGACGUGGGCCUCACCAUCGUGUCAGCCUUCUUAUCCAACGGAUAUACCGUGACGGCCUUGACACGGCAAGGGCCCAACAAUUCCUCCAGACUUCCUCGACACGACGACCUGCAAGUCGUCGAGGUGGACUAUACCUCGGUCCCAUCCAUGACACGGGCGCUGAAAGACACCUUCAUGGUCGUAUCGACACUCACGACGGCAUUCGUGGGCGAUCAGAUCCCACUCAUCGACGCCGCCGUCGCUGCCGGCGUGAAGAGAUUCAUCCCCUCCGAAUACGGCAGCGACGUGUACAACGCAAAACGGAACGCGCUGCCCGUGUUCGCGGGCAAGGUCAAGACGCACGAGCACCUCAAGAAGGUCGCCGCCGCGAAUCCCGACUUUAGCUACACGAUCAUCUGCUGCGGCCCUUUUCUGGAUUGGAGUUUCAACGGGUCCGUGCUGAACGUCCCCGAGCACAGCGCGGUGGUGUACAAUGGCGGCAACGUGAGAUACUCCACCGCAAACCUGGAUUCGGUCGGGCGGGCGGUCGUGAAUGUGGUGCGCAAGUUUGACGACACGGCGAACCGGCCCGUGUAUAUCCAGGACGCGAUCGUCACGCAGAACGAGAUGAUUCAGUAUGCAAAGGACAAGGACGGCAAGGAGUGGGAUCUCGUGCACAAGUCGACCGACGACAUGUAUGAUGCGGCCAUGAAAGAGUUGGCCAAGGGAAACACGGAUUUCGCGACCAUGAUGGGCUUCAUAUUCAGCGCGGGCUUCGGGGAAGGUUAUGGACUUGACUUUUCCGAUCAUCUAGAUAAUGAACUCUUGGGAAUAGAGGGUUUGACCAAGGACGGUGUGAGGGCGGUAGUUGAGCGAUAUCUGAAGUGA